AUGCAGUUUUUCCGCUCAUUUUGCUCAGCAGCUGAUGUCGCCGCCGCCACCACCGCCAACAAUGUCGACAACGCCGCCGUCGCCACAGCCGACAAUACCGCCGCCGCCGCCGUUGCCACAGCCGACAAUACCGCCGCCGCCGCCGUCGCCACAGCCGACAAUACCGCCGCCGCCGCCGUCGCCACAGCCGACAAUACCGCCGCCGCCGCCGCCGUCGCCACAGCCGACAAUGCUGUCGCCGCCGCCGUCGACACCGCCGCCGCACCCGCCGCCGCUUCAUCGUCGGCCUCGUCCUCGUCGCUCUCAUUCCAUCCGUAUCAAGUGCCUCCGGCGACAUUCAAACGGAGGCAAGUCUCUUCGUCGCCGCCGCCGUCGCCGUCGCUACCACCGGCAUGA